AUGGUACCGCCAAAGAAAGAUGCUUUUGCUGAUAUUUUUCAAUCUGCAACUAGUUCCAACAGUUCUAUUGAUAGAAAAAAGAAUCUUUCUGAUUUACAAAAACUGAAGGUGAAUGAUGGUUUGACUAGUAAUUUAAAUAACAUGUCUUUGAAUGGUUCUAGACCUAACGUUUCCCAAUCUAAUAAUUCAAAUUGGGAUCAAUUUGAUAUCUUUAAUACCAGCUCAGCAUCAAGUAAUGUAUCUGGAUCUAAAAAUGGAUCUAGAGUUGAAACUCCUUUGAAUGAUCCUUUUGAUAUCUUCAAUGAUUUACCUUCCAAACCAUCUCCUCCACCUCAACAAACACCUCAGCAAACUACACAUUCGAUCAAUAGCAUAGCUCCUCAAUCUGGUAAUGGAGGCAAUUUACUUGAUGAUGAGUUUACUGAUGCUUUCCAUCCCGAACCUGUAUCACAACCUAUAAUUGAACCUAAACCUGUUCAGCCUACCUUUGAACCAGAAUCCUCCAUCCAAUAUAGUUCAACUUCCAGACCAACUUCUAGACCAACUCCUAGACCUAGAUCGAACGAGAAGAAAGAUGCUUUGAUAGCUCAAUUGAUAGAGAUAGGAUUUACUGACGAUGUGGCUAAUAACGCCAUUGAUGAAGUAGGUAUGGACUUACAAGCGUGUGUUAAUUUCAUCAUGAGUGGUGGUAAACUGAGACCCAACUCCAAUCAACCCAGAAGAGACGAAAGUCCCAAAGAUCUCAAUUUCAAUGAAAUUUCCAAUGAUCUUUUCAAUAAAGCUUCUUCCUUUUUCAAUAAGUCUAAGAAAACAGUCAUGAAAAAUAUUGAACAAUUCCAACAAUCCCAGAAUUUCAAUGGAUUCGGUGGUUACAAUAAUAAAAAGGAUAACUCCGUUCCUGCUUGGAUGAGAAAUCAAGAAAAAUAUAAGAGUCAAGCAAGUGAAAGAAAUCCUAAUGGUGAAGAUUUUGAAGACUACGGUGAUGACGAAGACAAUAUUGAUCACGAGGCUAUAAAGCACUUUAUGGAAGCUCAAAGACUAAAGGAUAAAGAAAGAAACAAAGCAAGAUAUGAUCAAUUGAAAUCUAAAAUCAACGGUAGAUCACCUUCACCUCAAAAACCAUCCGUUCAAUCAAACCCACCAUUGCAGCCAAGUUCAAGAGUUCAUACACCUGUUCAAAGACCAUCACCUACUCCUGAACUCAAACAUGAAAGCAUACCAACACCCAAACUGUCGACACCUCAACAAUCAAUACCUCAAGCAAAAGAGGCUGACUUGUUGGGAUUGAAUGAAGGGUUAUCUAGAGCACAAAAAUUCAAGGCUCAAGCUUCUGACGACAUUACUUAUGUUUCUUCCAGAAGAAGAAAGCCAGCUUCAUCACCUUCACCAUCAAUGGCUUCCACACAAAAGGUGCCCAGAAAGACAACGAAACAGCCACUUGAUCAGUUCAGUCAAUCUGAUUAUGAAACUGGUAAGGAAAAGGCAACAAAAUCAUUUUCUAAUGGUGAUUAUGAUGACGCUUUCUUAAAUUACACAAAAUGUUUGAACGUAUUACCUUCAACUCAUGAAUUGAGAAUAGUGAUUUUGUCCAACUUAUCCAUUACAUUGAUUAAAUUGGGUAACUAUAAAACUGCCAGAGAUCACUGUGAUGAAGGGUUAUCGUUGAUAUCAAAAGAAGAAUUAUCGGACACUUCAUACUUAAUCAAUGAAAGACCUAUCAAAUCAUGGUACACCAAAUUACUUGCAAGAAAAGCUGAAGCAUUGGAAAUGAUGGAAUCUUUCAUAGAUUCACUUGAAUGUUACAUGGAAUUGAUCAGACUUGGAGUUAAUGACAAGAAAGUGAUGGACGCUAAAAGAAGAGUUAAUAACAUUGUAAACCCCCCACCAAAGAAGGCUAAGCCUGUACCUGUAAGCAAAUCAACUUCUGUUAGUUCAUCCAAUGAAACAGUAAAUCGUGUGAAAGAACAAAAUAGAAAACAACAGGAAAGAGAAUCACAGAAAUCUCAAUUAUAUGAUGAAGUACACUCAAAAGUUUUUGCAUGGAGUAAUGGUAAAGAAGACAAUUUAAGAACUUUACUCAUAGGAUUACCCGACAUUUUACCACAGUCAUUGGGAUUCCCAUUCUUAACCACGAAAAAAAUCUCUUUAAAUGAUUUGAUGUUACCUAAAAAGGUGAAAAUCAAUUAUAUGAAAGUCAUUAGUUCAAUUCACCCAGACAAAUUGAACAAUUUGAAUUUGAAAGUGGAGGAAGAGAUGUUAUGUCAAUCUGUCUUCAUAACUUUGAACAAAUCUUGGGAUAUUUUCAAAGAACAGAACGGAAUUAAUUAA